ACGUAGGUGUUUACGUUUCACCACUUCCGUAGCUACCUUCAUCGGAAUAACGUUUUCAGUCAAACCUUAAAUCUUUUAUAUAAGAUACACUUUUCGUCAUGUUUCUCGUUUUGACACAAGUAUUAGAGAUGUUUGACGGAUAAGUAUUAACAGUGUCGUUUUCUGUCCGCCAUAACUGCUUGUUUGCGAUUUUUCUUCAUCAUUCCUCGCAGUCAAAGCUAACGGUAGCUAGCGCGGUGUUAGCAGCGGGUCAGCUGCAGUGGACAGGCAUAAUUUAAUAAACCGUCGCCUGAUACGCACUUUUCCUUAUCCAGUGUUAAUUUAUCAAUCUAGGCAGUCAUGGCCACUAGGCGUCUGACCGAUGCCUUCUUGUUAAUGCGGAACAAUGCAAUCCAAAACCGGCAGAUAUUGGCUGAGCAAGUGAGUACAUACGACCCCCGUCUGAGUACACGUAGCAAUGCUGCGGAGCUUGAUGAGAUUGCAGAUGAUCGAAUGGCCUUGGUGUCUGGAAUUAGUCUGGACCCAGAAGCUGCCAUUGGAGUUACCAAGAAACUGCCCCCAAAGUGGGUGGAGGGGGUCGAUGAGAUCCAAUAUGAAAUCACACGGGUUCGGCAGAAGAUGAAGGAACUGGCAGCUCUUCAUGACAAGCACAUGAAUCGUCCUACACUCGAUGACAGUAGUGAGGAAGAGCACGCUAUAGAAAUCACUACUCAGGAGAUCACACAGAUGUUCCAUCGCUGCCAACGAGCUGUGACAGGUUUGCAGACUCGCUGUGGCCACUGCACCGAGCAGGAGGAGAGGCUGUUGAGAAAUGUGGUGUCGUCUCUGGCACAGAGCCUGCAGGAGCUGUCCACCAGUUUCAGAUAUACGCAGUCCAGCUACCUAAAACGUAUGAAGAAUCGCGAAGAGAGAUCAAAGCACUUUUUUGACUCAGGACCCCUCAUGGAAGAGGAUGAGGAUUUAGCUCUGUAUGACAAGGGGUUCACAGAUGACCAGCUCAUGUUAGUGGAGCAGAACACAGUUAUGGUUGAAGAGCGAGAGCGGGAAAUCCGACAAAUAGUGCAGUCCAUCUCAGAUCUGAAUGAGAUUUUCAGAGACUUGGCUGGAAUGGUGGUGGAACAGGGGACUGUUCUCGACCGAAUUGACUUCAAUGUGGAGCAAGCUUGUGUUAAAACAGAAGAUGGAUUGAAACAGUUACAAAAGGCUGAACAGUAUCAGAAGAAAAACAGGAAGAUGUUGGUUAUUUUGAUCCUCUUUGUCAUAGUCAUUGUUCUAAUUAUUAUUCUUUUUGGAACAAAGUUUUAAUUAUGCAUUCCUGCGCUUUUGUUUUCUGUGUGGGUGUUUGUUGUGAUUCUGUGUGGACUUUGUCAUGGUUCGACUCAACAGAGCUGACCGCCUUUCAUACCUUACGAGGAGGCGUCUCUUCAGGUGCAGUUCAGUCUGCCCAGAUGUUUUCUAGUUUGAUUUCUGAAAAGAAAGAAACAAUCAAAUGCCUACUAGAGCCGUGGCUGUUUUAUGAAAGAGACUCACACCCAAAAUGCCCAGACUGUGACAAAGGUUUUGUCGAACCCGACAGUGUUGACAUAUGUGUCUUAAAAAACACUUUUGUGUCUGAAAACAGAUUACCAAUGUGAAAUUACUAAAGCAGAGCAUUUGCUGCUGGAACUCAAAGCACGAUAUGUGGCGUUUUGUGUAAAAUGCAUUAUUUCCGUUUGUUAGCGUUGCAGCCGUUUGUUUCUUUGGGGGAAGGUGUGACAGAAACGAAUGUUUGCCAAAAGGGAAACGCAGUAAAUUUGUCUUUACUGUAAAUGCAUUGUCAUCCCAGUAUUUUCCCUUUAAAUGCUACAAGAAAAUGAUUCAUAUUAAAGCAGUAAUUGAUUCCAUCAAUCAUUCAGUAACUAUUCCUCUGGUUUAAGGACCACCAGUUGUGUUUUGUUUCCCCUUGUCCACCCCAGACAUGAAGCUCCUUGUUACUCCACUGUCGGCCUGAUGAGGGAGCAGAAAGCCAUGAGCUUCCUCAGUUCUCAUGAUCUAUAAUCAAACUGUUUCACACCUGCUGCGCUCCUCAUGAAGUGCUCAUUUUAAAACACUUGAUUGCUUUGUUUUUUCGUGGUCCUUGCAUAAAGUGCUACCUUUUUUAAACUCUUGCAGUUUGCACAUAUUGAGGCCUGGGGGGGUUAUGUUAUGGAUGUAAUACUACUGUCAUCUGUAUGAUGAAAAGAAUUAUUUAUUUUUUAAUAGCGUCAGAUAAUUCAGAGGGUUUCAGUCUCAGGCAGGAUAUUACUGUAUAAUGAGUAAUGUGUAUCUGUAGUUGAAACCCAGUACUUAUUGUCCACUCCACUGAGAAAAAACUGUGACAUGUUCCAACGCAAACAGUCAUGAAGACAACAUUAUGAGGUUUUUGUUUUUUUUCUUCUACUUUCAGAUUGGAUAUAUGACAUUUUACUUGGCUGUGUUGGAAACUCUUUACAUGUUCUACUAAAGACUGACAAACUCAAACAAUGAAGAGCUUUAUUUGACAUCUCUGUACUCUACACUUCAUACACCUGUUAAAUCAUCUCUGUCAUUGAUGUGAAGUUGUGUGUGAAAAUGGUUAUGUCUUAGUGGUACUCUUUUCCAAACAAGUGAGAGGAAAGCAACUUGUUUUUUAAUAAACCUGGAAAAAUGA